GUGUGUAAGGAGGAGGAGGCGGUGGUCUUGUUAUUGAGCGGCCCGGCGGUGUAAGUUGCGCUGCAGGGGUGGGACUUUCUCUCUGCAGUCAGUCGGUCAGGGGUUAGAUGCUGCUCAUACAGAAAAUGCCUCUGGUAGCAGCUUUUUAUACUCUAGCGGACAGCAGCACUAAAACAGACGGACACCUCCGAGUGGAAGAUAGAUCCUCCUCCUCCUCCUCUUCUUUAUCACCCUUUUGUUCAUCGUCCUCCUCCAGUUGGCCGCGUCUGAAAGCUUGUGGAUGCGCUGAGACGGGAGGAGUGUAAACGCCGUUUCCCUCCCCUACACCGCCUCCGGGACACAUAGACCGGACCGGCACCGGUGUCAUUGGAUGGAGAGAGGCGCCUGAAGAAGGGAGAGCGGUGGAGUUGGUCUACCCCCCCUCCUCCUCCUCCUCCUCCUCCUCCUCCUCCUCCUCUUUCUUCCCUACUGCACCAAAAGAAAACUCCGGGCUGGCUGCAGCACCAUGUCCUCCGCUCAAAGUGGGGAUAUAUCAGGCUACCAUCUAAGUGUGGUGCGUAACCCGCCCGGCUGGGAGGUGGGGAUCUACCUGGUGGGCUUCUUCGUGCUGCUGGCCAUGGCCGGGCUUAACAUCUGGAAGUUGUGGAAAUCUGGAACGUUCCCCGCACCGUCUCCGUUCCCCAACUUUGACUAUCGAUAUCUGCAAGAAAAAUAUGGAACCUCCUUCUCAGAAGUCAGACAAAAGCGAGUCGCUGCCAACAACCACCGGCGGACCUCUGCCACUUCCAGCCGCAAACCCAGCCUGGCCCUCUGUGACACCCCGGACGCUUUCAGGGACCUGGGCCACCUGGAGCUGAUGAGCCGGGAGUUGGACCCAACAGGCAUGGCUCAGCUCCACCGGUCCAUCUCCACCGACUCGCUCAGCUCCAUUUCCUCCAUCGCCAAUAACUUCGGCCACGACUUUACCGUCGGCCAGCUGGAGGUGACGCUCGAGUUCGAGCAGUCCAGGCAACCGGGUCAGGGGGCGGGCGUGCUCCACAUCGCUCUGCACCAGGGCAAAGACCUGCUGGAGAGGGAGGAGGGAGACUUCCCCGGCUGCUUCAUCAGAGUCUCCCUGGGGCCAGAGGAUCUCAAUGUGGGAGUCACAAGGGUCCAGAAGAAUGCAUUCACCGUGAUUUUUGAUGAGCACUUCUCCAUCCCCAUGGACUCCUCCUUGUUGGAGGAGUACAGUCUGCGUUGCGCAGCUUUUGGUAUUGAUGCUGACGAGAGAAACAUCAGCGCAGGACUGGCAGAUCUCAAGCUGUCAGACCUGGACCUGACCAUCAGACCAUUCAACGCCUGGCUCUACCUUCAAGAUGUCAAUAAGGCUGUGGAUGCAGUUGGGGAGAUCCUGUUGUCUCUCAGCUAUUUGCCGACAGCAGAGCGCCUCACAGUGGUUGUGGCCAAGUGCAAGAACCUUUUGUGGACCAACAGCAAGAACACUGCAGAUCCGUUUGUCAAAGUGUAUCUCCUGCAAGAUGGCAGGAAAAUCAGCAAGAAGAAGACUUCCACCAAAAGGGACGACACAAACCCCAUCUUCAAUGAAGCUAUGAUCUUCUCUGUGCCGUCCAUCGUCCUGCAGGAACUCUCCCUGAGGGUGACAGUGGCAGAGGCCACUGACGACGGCCGGGGCGAGAACCUGGGCCAUGUGAUCAUCGGCCCAGAGGCCAGCGGGAUGGGAAUCACCCACUGGAACCAGAUGUUGGCCACUCUAAGGAAGCCUGUUUCCAUGUGGCACCCACUGCGCAGGAUCUAGCCCUCUUUGCUCUCACACACAAAACCUGUUUCAAGUAAAACACUCAAUUAUUCACGUUCCUUUCACCUCUCCCUUUAUUUGGUGCCAUGUUCAAAUCUGUUUUGAGUAAGAUAAGAGUGUUUGGCCCACAUGAGGAUCUUGUGUGGGGUAUAAGUUGAUCUGCUGGUGAGUAACCAAUUGAAGUAAACACCUUAUCUUCAUGUAAAGGGGAGGAACCUUAAAUGCCAGUGCUUGACUCUGAACAGGGUGUUUUUAUUGAUCCCUGGAUCAAAUAUACGCAUAAAUCCUGUCUCUAGCAUUUGGCUUCAUUCUGACUCGGGUGCAUUGUAGGUGAGGGUGGCAUUUAGAAAGAAGCAGUGCACAUACCAAACAUCACACAGAAAGUAAUUGAUGAGUUUUCAAAUGGUGUCCAUUCUAUAUCUUUACCUUGUGCCCUUGGCUUGAGAAUCUGGCUAAAUUACAAUACUCCACCAGAACAACAGCAGAGGAGACAUGUAUGUGGAUAUUUUUUCCAUUCUCAAAAGUUUUGUUCAGAAAUUUCAUUUUGGACUUUGAUGUGAAUUUUAAUUAACAAAAGGAGCCCAGCCUAGGCAGGCAGAACACCCUCUCUGCAUGGUGCCUAUUCUGGUUGUAGCCUGUUAGCUGUCUAGAGAAUGACCGACUGGACGGCAGGGUGAAAUUGCCUCUUUUUCAGGAAAAAACUAAUUUGUCUUUUCAAACCAGUCAUUGAUUGCACCUUCUUCAUUGAUUUUGUAGCGGUUUUAGAG